UCAACACACCAAUCGCAGCAGACACUAGAGACCGUUUGUCAAAAAGCAAUAGGGACAGCGGAGGCAACAACUGCAUUGAUUUCACUCAAGAACAGACUGCAGUGCAUUCAGCGGUCUCUCAAUAUUUAAUUAUGAUCAUCAAAUGAUUUAGUAAUCAGUUGUCCAAAAUGAAAUGAUAAACAAUUGGUUACCCACCUGCUACACUGUUGUUGUUUUGUAUGAAAUUAAUGUUUUUAUAAAAACCAACAUGAAUGUUUGACAGUGCAGUACACCAACAAUGCUAAUAUUAAUUUCAAUAUGCUGUCUCGCAGGAUGCAUCUUAAAAACUAUAAAUCUAUUGAAGUACCAAUGCAAAUACGCAUGAUGUGUCCAACAGACGCAUCUAAAUACUGUCUCCCAGUUCUGUAUUGGGUGAACUUAAAUGUGUCUGUUGCUUCGCUGUCGAUCCUCCCUUGGUGUUAAUCUUGAACAAUUAUAUCUUUUUUUUUUUUUUAUAGUGAUAUCCAGUAUACACUUUGCCAUCUGUAGAACGAAGUAAUUUAGCCCGGUUUUCUCACUCCUAACUGUUCUAUUAACCUCUAUAUCCCAGCAGUGACAGGUACACCAGUGUGCAACGUUGGAACCAUCACACGUUGUUUGGCACAGUUCAUUUCAAUGCUUGUACAUAUUGAGUGAUUAUUUAGGGCCCUUUUGAGCCUUUUCAUGCGUUUCUCGGGGUUGUGUGUGAGAUAUAUUUUCAACCAUACUACUCUUUUUCCUGUACUGUGACCUUGGUGGCACCCUGUACCUCAGCUAGCCUAUCGAAGUCUUGAUGAUCUUUUGAUGGGAAAUAUCACUGAAGACUUGAUACCUUUGGGACAAGGGCCUUGGGAUUUACACCAGUAACCAUGUGUUUAGCUGACGGCUUUCAUUGAGGUGGAUCAUGUCUUUCCUGAACCUGUGCUGAGAUUUUGUUCUGAUGCUUUCCAGGUUAUAUUCAAUUAGAGAAGAUUAUCUUAAUGUUUCGAAUGUAGAUUUAUACUAUAUCAAUAAUAGCCAAGUGUAUGUUGGCUUGUUUCUUUUCUUCUUCUUUUUUUAAUUCACUUUUUAUACUGUGAAAAAUCUUUCGUUCCGAAAGAUUAAAAACAAUACCGUUCUGACAAAAAUAAAUUGUGGUGUUUGCUUUCUAAGAUUAUCUUUUGGUUUGGUUUUCCAUGCACGAGCUGCCUCUCCAGCACCAGGCGGAGUCGCUUAGAAAUCUUUGGCUGCCGCAUCCCGUACGGUUUGACCCUUCCAGCGUUCCGUACAGUAUCGAGGCUUCGUGUGUUGUGUAAACAUGUGUAUUAGGAAUAUUUAUUGAAUUCUGUGAGUAUUUGGUCAACAGCUCCGUGGCUUUAGUACAUAGAGGACGUUACUGUAUUCAUAAAUAAAAUGGAGAACGAACACGGACCCAAAAAGAGAUCCCACGGGGAGGACGACAGGUCUGGCUCAGAAAGAUCAGAGGACGACGAUUAUGUUCCGUAUGUUCCCGUCAAAAUAAGGAAACACCAAAUGCUACAGAAGAUGUUACGUCUGCGAGGAAAGGCAGUGGACGAGGACCAGAACUGCAGCGGGGAGGAGCAGAGGGACGAGGAUGACGGUCUUGGCCCACGCUCCACUGUCAGCCUUCUCGACCAGCAUCAGCACCUCAAGGAAAAAGCAGAAGCCCGUAAGGAGUCAGCGAAGGAGAAGCAGCUGAAAGAGGAAGAGAAGAUUCUUGAGAGCGUCGCAGAGGGAAGAGCUCUGAUGUCUGUGAAGGAAAUGGCCAAAGGUAUCAUAUAUGACGAUCCCAUAAAAACAAGCUGGAAGGCACCACGCUAUAUCCUGAACAUGCCAAACACCCGACAUGAGCGCGUCAGGAAGAAGUUUCACAUCCUGGUUGAUGGAGACGGCAUCCCUCCUCCGAUCAAAAGUUUCAGGGAGAUGAAGCUUCCACCAGCAUUUCUAAAAGGUUUGAAAAAGAAGGGGAUCGUGCAUCCGACGCCAAUUCAAAUCCAAGGAAUUCCUACAGUUCUGUCAGGUCGAGACAUGAUCGGCAUAGCCUUCACUGGUUCUGGAAAGACGUUAGUCUUCACUCUGCCCAUCAUCAUGUUUUCCCUGGAGCAGGAGAAGAAGCUGCCUUUCUUCCAGAGAGAGGGACCGUAUGGACUCAUCAUCUGUCCCUCACGAGAGUUGGCGAGGCAGACUCACGGCAUCAUUGAGUACUACUGCAAGCUGCUGGAGGAGGAAGGCACUCCUCAGCUACGCACCGCCCUCUGCAUCGGAGGAAUGUCUGUCAAGGACCAGAUGGAGGUCGUUAAACAUGGUGUCCACAUGAUGGUGGCUACCCCUGGCAGACUGAUGGACUUGCUGCAGAAGAAGAUGGUGAGUCUGGACAUCUGCCGCUACUUGGCUCUGGAUGAGGCUGACAGGAUGAUCGACAUGGGCUUUGAGGAAGACAUCAGAACCAUCUUCUCCUAUUUCAAGGGACAAAGGCAAACCCUGCUUUAUAGCGCCACUAUGCCUAAGAAGAUCCAGAACUUUGCCAAGAGUGCGCUGGUCAAACCCAUCACCAUCAACGUGGGCAGGGCCGGAGCUGCCAGCUUGGAUGUCAUCCAGGAAGUGGAAUAUGUCAAAGAGGAGGCCAAGAUGGUGUACCUGCUGGAGUGUCUCCAGAAAACACCACCUCCUGUGCUGAUAUUUGCUGAGAAGAAGGCCGAUGUAGACGCCAUCCAUGAGUAUCUGCUGCUGAAAGGAGUAGAGGCGGUGGCCAUCCAUGGAGGAAAAGAUCAGGAGGAAAGAACAAAAGCAAUAGAGGCAUUUAAAGAAGGAAAAAAAGAUGUCUUAGUGGCCACAGAUGUUGCCUCCAAGGGUCUGGAUUUCCCAGCUAUACAGCAUGUAGUGAAUUAUGACAUGCCUGAGGAGAUAGAGAACUAUGUCCAUAGAAUUGGAAGAACUGGACGAUCAGGCAAGACCGGUAUUGCCACAACGUUCAUCAAUAAAGGCUGUGAUGAGUCGGUGUUGAUGGACCUUAAAGCUCUGCUAGUUGAGGCCAAGCAGAAGGUUCCUCCGGUCCUCCAGGUGCUCCAGACAGGAGACGAGACCAUGCUGGACAUCGGAGGAGAGAGGGGCUGCACAUUCUGCGGUGGUCUGGGUCAUCGUAUUACAGACUGUCCGAAGUUGGAGGCCAUGCAGACCAAGCAGGUCACCAACAUCGGGCGAAAAGACUACCUGGCUCAUAGCUCAAUGGACUUCUAAGAGUUUUGUUUCUUUUUAAUCAGAGAAAAGAGUCGCACGGAACUGAGAAACCUUUCUGAGGAAAUGGUACAGCUGUGUGUUGUAUCACUGAGUAAAGGAAGUGUAUUUCCAGGUCCGUCAGAUGAAUUUUCUUGUUACCUUUUUUUGCCGGAAAUCUGUCAUACUUGUUGAUGCGUAGCCGUUGUUAUUUUUGAUAUUCCAAUUGUAAAUAAAACCACUUUAUCUGUU